AGGAUAACAGUUCUCCCGCCCCAGCCAUCAUUUUACAAUAGGCUGAGCAGGAAGGGGUUAAUCUUUAUGACUGAGACCCUUCCAUGCAGAAACGCGUCGGUUUUCUGUGAUUUUCUAUCACUGUGGAUGGAUUCAGAAAAGGAAGAUGUGACUGCUGCUCUCUGAGGUGCCGAUCGAUUUCCUUAUUUCCUGCUCAUGAUUGAAGCUCUUCGGACGGGGGAUUUCACAAUGUAUGGAUGAUGUCAUCCCACAUGACCCCGCCUUCUUCCUCUUUCACCGACCAAGAGAACAUAUCCAGUAAAUGCUCCUUGAUGAGCACAUUGGUGGAUCCAGCUCAGCCUCGCACCCCCUUGUUGUAGCGUCACCCCCAACGCUGUCUAAGUGCUUUCCUCAGAUCAACGCCAUAAAAAGGAUUUCUGAGGUGCUGAGAUUGGACACAACGGAGACCAUGGAGACCAUCAAGUGUGUGGUAGUCGGGGACGGAGCUGUGGGGAAAACUUGCCUCGUCGUUUGUUACACAACCAAUUCCUACCCCGAGGAGUACAUCCCCACCGUGAUUGAACCCUACAAUGCCCAGAUUACAGUGGAUGGAAAAGCCGUGAGCCUGAACCUGUGGAACACGGCCGGCCAGGAUGAGUAUAGGUCUCUAAGAGCGUUAGUUUACCCCGAGACCAACGUGGCCAUCAUCUGCUUCGACAUUUCCGGUCCGUCAUCAUACGAGAGAGUACAGAACUACUGGUAUCCCGAAGUCACCCACCAUUGUCCCAACAUUCCCAUCCUCCUGGUGGGCACCAAGAAAGAUCUAAGGACCAACCCGGAUGUCAUCAACAGGCUGAAUAAGGAGAACCAGCUACCGAUCUCCUACCAACAAGGGGUCAACCUGUCCCGGCAAAUUGACGCGGUGAAGUACAUGGAGUGCUCAGCGCUGAACCAAGAUGGCAUCCAAGAAGUUUUCUCAGAGUCAGUGAGAGCCGUUCUCGGCCCAGUAAAAAAGAAGAGUCCAUGUGUCUUACAGUGAGAAGAAGAUUCCUCCGAGAUCUGGU